CAGCUAGUGCAAGCGGCGGUGUCCCGGGACCCUGUUUACUUAAUGUUCUCUGCCAAUAAAGGCCUUGUUUAAAUAGGACGGCAGCACGGCUGCCCAGCAUAGAUGAGGAAACCUUGCGGCUGGAGCUCUUUGUCAGAUGAAACGCUGCUGUGGAGAAUGAGCCUGCAGGAUGCCUUUUCUUCUAGGCCUGAGACAGGAUAAGGAAACCUGCAUUGGACUAAACAAUCAGAGUUACAUAUGUGAUACGGGUCACUGCUGUGGACAAUCUCAGUGCUGCAACUACUACUAUGAGCUAUGGUGGUUUUGGCUGGUGUGGACAAUAAUCAUAAUACUCAGCUGCUGUUGUGUUUGUCAUCAUCGACGAGCCAAGCACCGCCUUCAGGCACAGCAACGGCAACACGAGAUCAACCUCAUAGCUUACCGAGAAGCGCACAGCUACUCUUCAGUGCCAUUUUACUUCCGGUUUCUGCCAAACUAUUUGCUACCUCCUUAUGAAGAAGUGGUGAACAGACCUCCAACUCCUCCUCCUCCAUACACUGUCCUACAUCAGCAAUGCGUUGCGGCAUGUUCUAGUGCUGUAGCCAUUGACCCUGUUAGGACCGGGCAGCAUAGCCAAACAAGUUCUCCAGCUGCAGCAAGCUGUAGUGAACCACGACCUCCAAGUAUGGUAGAUUGUGAACCUUCAACAACGUGUCUAGAGAGAGUAGCAUUCAAACCAAGCAGCCUUGAGUCGAAUGAUCCAACCAGUGGUGCAGAGUUGGACGAGAUGGCAGAUCAAGUGUCCUUCUUGGACAAGGAGUCAAAAGAAUUAUUGAAGGACUAUAGCUCUGAAAGCUUUGAUCAGAGCGGUUUCUUUGAUGGCAAAGACAAAACGCCUGGCAGACACCGAAGAUUUACCGGUGACUCGGGCAUUGAAGUGUGCCUGUGCAGUCGGGGCCAUCACGAUGACUUUAAAGAACUCGACGAUUUAAUUGAUGACACAGGUGAAAACUUCUGUGACAGCUGUACGUCAUGUGACACUCACCCCCACGGAGACGAAGAAGAAGGGAUAUUUGAUCAUGCAGAGGUGUCUCAUGAUCUGGAUCAUCCACGACAGCCUUUGAGCUUACUGAAUACCAUCAAUGAACAAGACUCGCCAAAUUCUCACAGCAGCAGUAGCUCCCGUGGCUAAAGGAUAAUCCGUUCGUGCUGAAAAGCAUCAAUGAAUGAUCCCGUACCACAUACCUAUUUUUUAUUUUAUUUUUUCAUUGUCCUGUACGUUAAACAAAAAAAAACACAAAAAAUCUUAGAACUGUUCAACCAAAGUUGGAGAGAAGACCACAUAGUACACACCCAACGCUUUAAAUAAUGCCUUUCCUAAACUGGGCUUUGGUAUGGAUGACUUUGGUGAUGGAAUACUAGGACAAUAAAGGCAAAAGCUGGAGCUUAAUACGUACAGCGUGCAAAAUGUCCAGAUUUGUUUUAUAUGAACAAGAUCUUCUCUCCUUGUUUCAUCGCUCCUUUCCUAUAGAAGAUUGUUUUUUUUUCUAUCAGAAACCUGUUGGAUCUGAUAGACUAAGAGCUACCUGGAAAUGCUGAGAUUAGGUGGAUGAGAGUGGAGCAUUACUCUUGUCAACUGGAAGGACCUUGGCAAGAGAGAAGAGAAAUACAGAAUAUGCGCCAGUAUUGUGAUGGAAGGAUGUGAACAAAUAAAACCACAUGGGGGGGCGGGGCUUCAGUGUUUUUGUAGCAUGGGGUAUGUCAAGUGUUUGCCUUUUACAGAUUAUAGGUGCAAGCAAACACUAACCCCAAAUGUUUUUCCACUACUAGUUGACAUCCCAAUGUUACAUGGUGGAAUUCAAUAAUUCACCUCAAGGGGGCGGGGGGGAAUCUUGUGUAUCGUUCUCACUAUUUUAGAAAAUGGGUAAUUUUCUAGCCUUAAACAUGUAUAAGCUUUUUUUCCACCCCGCCCCUUUUUCCAUUUUUUGUAACUAAAAUGGGAAAAUCGCAAUUAUAUUGAUUUUUUUUGUUUUGUUUUUCGAAUGGACAUAAUGAAAAAUCCAAUUGUGCAGCUGGUCUGCUCAGAACAUUCUGUAGUUGCCUCUCCUACCGCUGUUCAGAGGCCACUGUAGCGCACAUAGAUUUUUGCAUGAGUUGGAAGUCGCACAUGCUCAGCAGGAGCUGUCCCGGGUGCUUGCUUCCAGUGGACUUGGCACUAGUGGUAUGACAUGCAGUAGAACACCCGCUCCUCCAUCCGUUGUCCACAAUGAGCACAGCUACUUUGUAUGAGCAGUAUUUUCAUGUGUUAUGUUGGAAUUCAGUUUCUGAAAUGACCACUAAAAGAAGACGGAUAUGGUCACAUGAUUUUGCCUAUGGGGAUGCAUGCUUGUGUAAGUCUGUAUUCCAUCCAUGUGGUAGUAAUGUUACUGCGGUUUUAAUUUACAAUUUUUUUUUUUUUUUUUUAAACCCGUUGAACAUUCCCUUGAUUGAGACAAAAGGGUCAGGAAGGGUCCUUUAAUCUACUAGCGAUUCUAUACUUGUAUUCAGAUAGUGACUGUUCAACCCAUUUGUUACUGUUGACUGAUGCUGACGUAAAGCAAUUUUUUUUUUUAUUUUUUUUUUAACUGAAGUUCUCUGACUGAGACUCCUCUGUGCAGAUAAAUGGUGAUCUUUCCCUUGCCAAGCUUGCAAGGAUUUACCAGCAUCAAAACCUAAAAAUUCUGAGUUGCUCUGCGGUGCCAUCUGUAGAUGAAAGCUGGUACUAUAGUGUGACCAUAAAAACAAAAAAAAACAGGGGUUCCCCUAGGCACUGUAAGGAAUAUGGGGUCCCUCUGCUGUCAGAAGGGUUAUUUGAGGGUUUUGCAUAGAUGGGUCUCAGGCAAUCGGGGGAUUUCCAUUGAAAAUGGAAACCCCUUUUAAGUGUGCCUUUCACUCUGGCCAUUAGAGGGAGCUAGUUUGUAGGUUGAAGCACGUUUCCACAAAUAUAUAGGGUGUCGUUUCCUUAGAAAUGAGCGAACGUGUGUCCACGCUGUCCUUUCACUACUUACUGGUGAAUUGAUGGGCUUUAUUGGCUCAGCCCCAAGAUGGCUGCCUCACUGUGUGCAUGUAAUGAAUAGAUUUUAAGAAGGUUCAAUGCUACCAAAUCUACUCUUGAAGUGUACAUUUUUUUGAGCACUGACUGCUCAAUAUUUAGGGAAUAUUUUUUUUUUUUUUUUAUAAGAUUUCAUUUUGGUAAAAUGCAAAAAAAUGUGCACUUCUGUUACAACAAAAUAUCUAUGUGGCAACACGCAUCGACAUUGACAACUUUCUUGCACUGGAUUUUGUCAUUUUGUUGAUUAAUUAAAGGAAAAUUUUGAGAAUAAAA